AUGUAUCUGCUUGUUAAGUCUUGUCCCGUUCUCAGUGCCAUACGGAAUCCCUGCUAUCGUUGGCCAAUAGUCUCCCUUGUCCUUUGCACAUCGUUGCCUGAGAAGCGGACAAAAGGUUAUCUCCAGUCCUCAAUCGAUAGGUGCCUCAACAAUGUGAGAUUUUCAAGCACCUUACCAAGCGAAGUGAGCUUGGGGAAUCCAGCAAUCGAGAAUCUUAUUAGAGAAGGAGGAAAGAGACAGUCGUCCUCCCCGAGUUGCUCGAGCUCAUCGAAUCCAUCGCAGAUGGUGAACUCUUGGAGGGAAGCUAGCCUGUGUAGGCCCCACUUGGAGAGGUGCUUAUUAUUCUCACAACCCACUAUCGUGAGCGAGGUUAGGUUCGGGGGCAGAUCGCACCUUGGAAAAUUAUCGAGCCUCGGACACCCCUCCAGCUCGAGUGACACGAGCGAUGUCAUGGUGCUGAUUUUGGCUGGCAACAACGUGAGACUCGGGCAGGCCACGAUCGAGAGGUCUCGAAGGCCUGAAGGCAGGCCGUGUUCUGGGAAGUGCUCCAGUCCAUCACAGCCCAUGAGGUUCAGCCUGACCAGGUGCGCGAAUCCGUGCAGUCUUUGGAGCAGAUUACUGAAGUUCAGCCAUUUCCACAAGAACAGAUAUUCUAGAAGCAUGGUACUGGACUCGGGAAACAUCCCGUCGGAGACGGCCUCAAGCUGCAUGCAGUUAUCGAUCGAGAGUUCCUUGAGUGUGGCUGGGAAAUGGGCCACAGCCCACGUUCUGAGUGACGAGCAAUCCUUGAUUUUGAGCCACUCGAGGCCGGAUAUGUUGGCCGGGAGGGACUCCAAAGAGUUGCAACUCUGUAUCACAAGAUACUUGAGCAUCCUGGGAAUGCCGUUUUCAGGGAAGGCCACGAACCUCUGGCAAUUACUGAUAAUCAGCUCCCUUAGGGACUCCAAUUCACUCAGGUUGUUCGGGAGAGCGUCCAGGUUCCUGCGAACAGCUGGCGAUGACGAGGCGCCACAGGCGGGCCAGGUUCUGAUCGAGUGGGACACCUUCGGGCCACAACGAAAGCAGCUCGUUACAGCUGCGGCACUCUAA